AUGUUGGUGGACUUGUUGAUGGUCUCUCCAGAGUCUGCUAGGGCUGAGACAGUCCAGUGUCGCGGACCGUACGUACGCCUGCAAUGGGUGCGUGAUAUAUAUGAGCGUCGAUGCCAGGCAGGUCAUUGGACAGCUGCGGCUCGCGCAUAUCUUCUUCACUUUCUGGGUUGCACUCUGUUUGCUAACAAGAGUGCAACCAAUGUCCAUGUUGUCUACUUGGAGGCCCUUCGUGACCUUAGUAUGACGGAGAGCCGACAGCUCGGCGGUUACAUCACACUGCUGCAGUGCUGGAUUUAUGAGCACUUUCCCUCAGUUGCGGACUCCACUGCUGAUCAGGAGUACGACGAGGAUUCUCCGCGUGCGUGUAGGUGGAUUGCGACCAAGAAGACCGUGAAGAGCAUUCGUACGCCGGCGUACAGGGAGCGCCUGGACCGACUCCGGAUUCCGAAUGUCUGUUGGAUCCCUUAUGGGGAGCACCGAGAGGUCCGGGACUUCCACGUCAGAUCAUGCUAUUCCGGUCUCUUGCGCUGGGGCCUGUUGCUGUUUAUUACCGACCAGAGAGGGUCGUGCGGCAGUUUGGCUACACGCAGACCAUUCCUGCUCCUCCUGUCGAUUCAUGGGUCUCGUAUGAUGAUAUACACGACAGGUAAAUGCACUACGAGGAUCAUAUCGUUCCCGCAGGAAGUUUGUGAUGACAUUGCUGAGAGGUUGGAGCACCAUCUGAGUCUAGGGGUGGUCACGCCUGGCUCAUCGACACAUGAGGUGAUCGAAGAAUGCCUCAGGUUGGCCAGGAGUGUGACACAUGACCAUCUUGUAUAUGUUAGGUCUAGACGCAAGCGGCGCACGGAUCAGGCGUAG